GCCGGCUUGAUGUUUACUGACAUGGUGUCUCAGUUAACGGCUCUUCAGCAGGAGUUACUAAACGCAUUGCUGGACUCGGGACUCACCAAGGAGCUGCUGGUUCAGGCGCUGCAUGAUCUAGACCCGCGUCCCCCCAGCUUCCCUAUCAAAACCGAGAAACCUUUAUCUCCUGCCAGCGCAAACGGUGGCAGCGAUUCGGAUUCGAAGCCGGUGUAUCUGACCCUGCAGGGCAGAGGGAGUAAAGUGUCCGGGGAUGAGGGCUCAGAUUCCGGGGAGGACUUCGACACGCCGCCCAUCCUGAGAGAACUGCAGUCGCUUAACACCGAGGAGGCGCAUGAACAGCGCGCCAUGGUGGAGCGCAUGCUGGCUGAGGAUCCGUGGCGAGCAGCACGCACCAUUAAAAGCUACAUGCAGCAACACAACAUUCCUCAGCGUGAAGUGGUGGAUGUGACAGGCUUAAACCAGUCUCAUCUUUCUCAACACUUGAAUAAAGGAACACCUAUGAAAACAACCAAACGUGCAGCACUGUACACCUGGUAUGUCCAGAAACAACGAGAAAUUGACCGCCAGUUUGACUGUGUUCAGGGCUCCGAUCCAAGUGAUUCAGGCAGUCAGGAUCAGGUCCUGUUUUUUUUCCCAGAAUUCCACCAUGGUGGGCAGAACUCUGGUGCUGUGACUGGAUCACAGGCAGACGAUGGCGUGCCGGGUUCCAAGAGAGUGAGACGGAACCGCUUCAAAUGGGGGCCAGCUUCUCAGGAUAUCCUGUACAAGGCCUAUGAGAGACAAAAGAACCCCAGCAAAGAGGAGAGAGAGGCACUGGUGGAGGAAUGCAACAGGGCUGAGUGUGUACAGAGGGGAGUAUCACCCUCUAAAGCUCAUGGUCUCGGCUCCAACCUAGUUACAGAGGUUCGCGUCUAUAACUGGUUUGCUAACAGACGUAAGGAGGAGGCUUUCCGACAGAAGCUGGCCAUGGAUACGUAUCCAGUUCAUGGUCUGAACCCCUUGCUGUCUUCCACAAACAGCCAUCACCACCACAGCAGCCCAGACACAAAACUUAGAUACAGCCAGCAGGGAAGCAGUGAUGUCACAUCAACAACCAUUGGCCAUCUUGGCAAUAGCCAGUCAGUGCUGCAGCAGGUGUCUCCGUCUGGCCUGGAUUCCUGUCACAGCCUUCUGUCACCUGAAGCCAAGAUGAUCUCAGCUUCAGGUGGAGUCUUGCCCCCAGUAAGCACUUUGACCAAUAUUCACAGUCUGUCCCAGUCCUCUCACCAUCACCAGCAAGCCCAGAGUCUGAUCAUGACGUUUGCUGCUCAGAGCUUGGGUGCCCCCCCAUCUCAGAAUGUUCCCAUCAUUAACAGCGUAUCUGGCUUGACAGCGCUACAGCCAAUGCAUUUUUCGCAUAGCCCCGGACUCACGCCGCUUACCACCGCACACCCCUCCCAGCAGUCCUACACACACAUGUACUCGCCCAAGCAGGAACCUCCUCAGUACUCACAUGUUUCCCGAUUCUCCCCCAUGGAAACCAGUACAAUCUCUUUAGGCUCCAGCAAGCAGUGUCCAUUGCAGGCUUGGUGAGACACAUCAGUGAAAGUACUUCCCUGGCAGCUAAGAACAAGAGUGCCUUACUACAAUAGCCAUGAAGACUUCUUAAGCCAAAGAACUAUUAACAAGAGCACUGUGAUUUCAUCAGAUGAUAAAUGUAGAGUUUUAGUUGACAGUCGUGAGGUGGUGCUGUUAGAAGUAGCUGGAAUGUUUGGUGGACUGACACUGCAGCAUGAUUUUUGCUUUGUUAUGAGCAAAUCUUUUAGCAUUUCCUGCUCUUCAGAAUGAGCAUGCAGCCUCUUUACUGACCAGUCAUGAAAUUCACUGUUUUAGCGGGUAUCCAGAUGCUAACACAGCCUUAUGGAGCUUAGUUUAAAUCCUCUGUACCACUAAUUCAAUGUUUGCUAAAAUGUCCAUAUUAUAUUGGCAUUAAUAGUCUAAGAUGCAACUGUAACUUAAGAUUAAGAAUGAAAUAUGGAUUCAGAUAGAGAAUAAGGUCAAGCAAGUUUUUUUUUUCCAAAUUACAAUUUUUUAAUGUAGUAUGAUUUCAAUGACAAAUUAGUUCUGUACAAUGAAAUUUCAUAUUUGUAUAUUAUUGUAUCAUUUUUAGGAUAC